AUGCCCGGGCUAGAAUCCAAGUGGGCCACUGCAGAGCCUGUACCAGAAAAACCUGAGCCCAAGCCGAAGGCCCCGUCGACUAUAGCGUCCAAAUGGGCUCAUGUUGAAGAAGAGCAUCAAGCAUUGCACGAGAAAAAGCCCAGGAAGCCCAGGCUGGGACAUCCCAAAGAGAGAAUGGCGUCACAGCCUUUGACGCCCCCACAGAGCUCUGGCCACGAGGAGAUGCUGGAGUUGGCCAAGUCCUUUGCCCUGAGGCUAGGUGUAAAGGAAGAUGGGGGAAGUAACGAGAAAAGACACAAUACAAGAACCAGAAGAAAAUCCCAUGGCAGAAAGAAAAAGGAGGAAACAGAAGCCUGGGAAAAUGCCUCCGAAGAGGUAGAGGAGGAGACAGAGGAGCUCUUUGAGGAUAAGUUGUAUGAGAAAGAGCCCAUGACAGAAGCAGCCAGGUCUCUAGCGAUGCGGAUUGGAGUCCCCGCUGCAGAGCCAAAUGACGCGAAGGAGAAGGCUUCAGCUCAGAAGCCGAGAAGACAAUCCGUUGGCAGAGAAGACCGGCAUUCACAUGGUCGGAGGAACCAACAUAGACCUCAAGCACAACCUCACGCCUCGAAAGAGAACUCCCAGGCGCAACAAUCUCAUAAACAAGGACAGGGCCAAUUUGAAACGCAGAGCAAAUACAUGACACCAAAGCAGAAGAAGCUCUUGCAGGAGAAAAUGCGGUUGGAGGAGCUUAAGGCAGCAGAACUCGAGAAGGAGCGCAAGAUCAAAGAGGAGGUGAAGGCCAUGUUUGAACAGAUGGAAGACAAAUCUACCAAUUGGGCUGAUAUCGAUGACUAA